UCUUCCUUCGAACUCAGAAUUCGCCCCCAUUCUCAAAUCCAUCUUUGCCCCCUCUUAAAACAAGGUAAAUCCUUUGCCUUUUUAAGUUAAUUACACUUUCCCAAUGAUUUACUUUCUCUGCAAAACAGUUCUCCAUGGGAAAAACGUAGUUACAGCCACUCAAAGUCACAAACUUUUAGGACUAUCACAGUCUCUAAUUCUCAGAUACCUUACAAGUUCUUUAAAGGAGAAUUCAUUUACAGUUUCAUAUCUCAAAAAACAAAUGUGGGUUGUCCUUAGAAUCUGCUUUAAAAGCCUCCAAAUCUGUUCAUUUUGAAUCCCCAGAGAAGCCUGACUGUGUCAUUGAGGUGCUCAAGAACCAUGGUUUCUCAAAACCCCAAAUCAUCCGCCUCAUCAACAAACGCCCACAGCUGCUUACCUCAGAUGCUAAAAGAAUCAUUUUUGCCCAAACUUGAGUUUUUAAUUUCUAAAGGUGUUUCAAUGCCUGACCUUGCCUCUAUCUGCUCUAGUAACCCAAGUCUCUUUACCUUAAGCUUAGAAAAUCAGAUAAUCCCGUCUUAUGAUUUCCUUAGUACUGUGCUUAAGCCUGAAGAGAAGAUUUUCCGUGCUAUGAAACGCUAUCCGCGCCUUAUGGGAUACAAUCCUUAUGAUAUUUUGUCAUCCAAUAUCAAUACAUUACUGGAUAAUGGAGUUGCUGAGUGUAAUAUUGCUUCAGCACUUUGUUCACUGCCUUCAACAUUUGUUAGAAGUCCGAAUAAGUUCAAGGAUAUGGUAGAGGAAGCAAAGGGUAUGGGAUUUAAUCCUUCUAAGCCAAUGUUUAUGGUAGCACUCUAUGCAAUGAGUUCUAUGAGUAAAUUGACAUGGAAGAGGAAGAUUGAACUUCUUAAGAAGCUUGGUUGGUCCGAGGUAGAGAUUAUCGAAGCUUUUCGUAGGUAUCCCACAUUCGUGAGAGUGUCUGAAGAUAAAAUCGUGAUGACAAUGGAUUUCCUCGUGAACAAAAUGGGUCUUUCGCCUAGUGUUAUUGCAAAGCGUCCCCGACUACUGUUGAUGAGCAUGGAGAAAAAGAUUGCUCCGAGGGGUCUGUUUGCUCUAGAUUUGUUGUCCAAAGGUGUUAUCAAGCGUAUUAACUUGCAUGCAUUGUUGGGGCCUUCGGAUCAUGUGUUUAUCGAACACUUUAUCAACCGCCAUAAAUCGGAAGCAUCUCAGCUGUUAAAGUUAUAUCAUGAAAAGUUGGAUCUUUCAAAGAACUGGAGAGUGGAUGGUUGCAAGCUGCAGCAUUUAUAGGCUAUUGACAUCAAAAGGUUCAAAAUUACUACUGUUCCUUUGAUUCGGAUUCUUUUAAGCUAAACGUGCUUGACAUUUCCGCUAAGAAUGCUGUUAAUACAAUCUUUUAGCUCUUUUCUUCUUGUUGCCA